AUGUCGAAGACCUCGGGCUCAUACCUGGUUCUGGAGAACUUCAUCGGAGGGAAGUUCGUCCCUUGUCGGAGUCACAUCGACUCCUACGACCCGUCCACUGGAGAGGUGUACUGCAAAGUUCCUGACAGUGGCGAGGAGGAGGUGGAGGCAGCGGUGGCAGCAGCUACAGAAGCCUUCCCCGGGUGGUCUGACCGCAGCCAGGAGCAGCGAGCGCAGGUCCUCAACAAGCUGGCCGACCUGAUUGAAGCCAACCUGGAGGAGUUGGCCCAAGCUGAGUCCAGAGACCAAGGUAAAACGAUAACAUUUGCACGGACUGCGGACAUUCCCCGAGCGGCGCACAACUUCCGCUUCUUUGCGUCAUCGAUGUGCCACCACACCACUGAAUGCAGUGAGCUGGACCACAUGGGCUGCCUGAACUACACCAUCCGCUGCCCUGUGGGAGUGGCUGGUCUGAUCAGCCCCUGGAACCUCCCCCUAUACCUGCUGACCUGGAAGAUUGCACCUGCCAUCGCUGCAGGCAACACCGUGGUGGCAAAACCCAGCGAGAUGACCUCUGUGACCGCCUGGAUGCUUUGCAAGUUGAUGCAGCAGGCUGGUGUCCCCCCAGGAGUAGUGAACAUUGUAUUCGGCACUGGCCAGAGAGCAGGCAAUGCACUCGUCAGCCAUCCUGAAGUCCCACUGAUUUCCUUCACUGGCUCCACGGCGACUGCCCGGCUCAUCACGGAGAGGAGCGCCCCCUACUGUAAGAAGCUCUCACUGGAGCUGGGAGGUAAAAACCCUGCCCUUAUUUUUGCUGAUGCAGACCUGGACCAAUGCAUCGAGACUACGGUUCGCUCCAGCUUCUCCAAUCAGGGAGAAAUCUGCUUGUGCACCAGUAGGAUUUAUGUAGAGAGGAGCAUUUACUCUGAGUUCCUGGAAAAGUUUGUGGCCGCAGCUAAGAAAUGGAAGACAGGUGUGCCCUCUGACCCCAGCAACAACAACGGAGCGCUCAUCAGCAAAGAGCACCUGCAGAAGGUUCGAAGCUUCAUUGCACUCGCCAAAUCUGAAGGUGGCAUCAUCCACUGUGGUGAAGGGGUUGACCAGCUCGUCCUCCCUGAGCGCAACGCAAACGGCUACUUUAUGCCGGCCACCGUCAUCUCAGGCCUUCCUGACAGCUCCCGCGUCAUGCAGGAGGAGAUCUUUGGCCCCGUCACCUGCAUCAGCCCCUUCGACACAGAGGACGAGGCGGUUUCCAAGGGCAACGGCGUGCGUUACGGCCUGUCCGCCACCGUGUGGUCCCGCGACGUGGGGAAGGUUCACCGAAUGGCCAAGCGGUUACAGGCGGGCCUGGUGUGGACCAACUGCUGGCUGGUGAGAGAUCUGAACCUGCCGUUUGGAGGGAUGAAGAACUCGGGUGUGGGGAGGGAAGGAGGGAAGGAUUCCUACCACUUCUUCACUGAGGUGAAGAGCGUCACGAUCAAACACUGAAAGGUGGAGAGGAUGGUGGCAGCAGUGGCUUGGUUGGUUUUUAGAGAAAGUUUUAACGUCAACCUUGACAUUCAUCAACCUUUGCAAGCAACUCUUGUGAUAAUCUGCUCUCAGAUUACUGGAGCCUGUAAUUAAGUCACAUUUGUAGAAUACAAGUCAGAGAAAAUCACAGUGGAACAUUACAGAUGACUAAAAUAGCAGAGAUCCAAUAGAAAUGUCGAGUGAGGAGGAAAUAUGUCACAAUGCAAAACACUAUCAUACCUUUUCCAUUCAUUCUUUGCUAAAUCUCCAGUACCACCAUCCUUUAGCAGCUGAGAUGCAUUGAGUCGUGUCUAUUAGGUCUUAAAAUUAUGAAAAAAAAAGCAAGUGCCCAAAUAAGGCAAACCUUAUUUAUUUCCCAUUUCAAGGCAAGAAGUCAAGACUCCAAUUUUAUAACGUUGGGAUAAGCAACUUAAUCCAACACGCUUUAAAAGUUAACAGUGCAGGUGUGUGCCCUUCGUGACAUUUCAGGCAGCUGUUGUUAGAAGGAGGAACACAAACAGUCACAGCGCUAACAGAAAAGUGAAAAUGUUCCUCGUGAUGCAGAUAAACACAGACUUACAGUAUGCGCCUCCGGCUAACCAAACCCUGAGUUCAAAUCAGCUCUACAUAUGCAAAAGUUAAUGACUCUACUGGUAUUUGCUCUACUGUUUUGUAACACAUCCACCUGCUGUCCCAUUUUAAAAAGCCUUACAUAAAUGCCACAUGUAGUUCAAUGUGUGUAUGUGUGCUACAAAGUCUGAGUUAUGUCACUGUCGUCUGUGGAAUGCGGCAACUCUCGUUAGCGCCUGUGACACGGUGUCAGUGGCAGAUAGGCGCAGCAGGUGGAUUCUGGGUCUGUUACAGGUGUGCAGGCUUGCAGACGGAUGAGCUUCAUUCUGAAAAUGGAAGUGAGAAGUUGGGCAUUUCUAUCAGCACACCUUGUACUUUCCAUGUGUCGUGGCGUUAUCCUUUGUGGCUGCACGCUCGGUCAAAGUCUGCUCUGUUGCAGAGUUUUUUACGUCGUGCUAACC